AUGAUGCCUCUGAGAGUGGCUGGCCUUCCGCCUGGUCUUUCUUCGUUGGACUUCUCCAAGGCCGCGUACACCCUUACCGGCUACGGCAUGGUCGCCGCAAUGUGCGAAGAAGUCCAGAACCCCGAACGCGAAGUCCCCCGCGCUAUCGUCCUCUCCGUCCUCGCCGCCGGCAUCACCGGCGUCAUCUACCUCAUCCCCAUCCUCUUCGUCUUCCCCGAUGUUAAGAUGCUCCUCGAGGUCGCCAACUCCCAGCCCAUCGGCCUCCUCUUCAAGACCGUCACCGGCUCGGCCGCCGGCGGCUUCGGUCUCCUCUUCCUCAUCCUGGGAAUCCUCAUGUUCGCCGGAAUCGGCGCGCUGACCGCCGCGUCGCGAUGCACAUACGCCUUCGCCAGAGACGGCGCCAUCCCGGGCUACAAGCUGUGGAGCAAGGUGAACAAGAAGCUCGACAUGCCCCUCUGGGCCCUGUUCCUCUCCACCGCCGUGGACUGCGUCCUCGGCUGCAUCUACUUCGGCUCCAGCGCCGCCUUCAACUCCUUCACCGGCGUCGCCACGAUCUGCCUGUCGACGAGCUACGGCGUCCCCGUGCUGGUGAACCUCAUCCAGCGCCGCCGCGCCGUCGCGAACUCGCCCUACCCGCUCGGCAAGUUCGGCAUGCUCAUCAACUGCAUCUGCAUCGUCUGGAUCUGCUUCGCCGUCGUCAUCUUCUGCAUGCCCGUCAGUCUGCCCGUCGACGCGUCGUCGAUGAAUUACGCUUCUGUCGUGUUUGCGGGCUUCGCGUUCAUCGCGAUUGCGUGGUACUUUGCCUACGCGAGGAAGAACUUCCACGGCCCGCCCGUCGCCAAGGAGGAGUUUCAGCCUGGUGAGGAUGGCGUUAUGGAGGGCAAGGUGCCUGGGCCUGUGGAUAGUGAGACUACCGGGAGCACGGAGAAGAAGUGA